AUGGGCUGUUCUAUAUACCACCUAAAUACUGGGGUCAUAUCUCUCUUGGACUAUUUCAAUAAAACAUGGGUGAAUCAACUGACUGCUAUUCUACCGGCGUAUUACAUUACUAAUUGCUCAGUGGAAGAUAUGUUACUGUACAAUAAUAUCACUUCCGAUCCCAAAUACUUAGCCUUUGAUUAUUCUCCAUACAACAAGCGUGACAACGGUGAUACAUACGUAGCAUUACUAUUUGUGCUAUCGGGGUCUUGUGUUUCCAUGUGGAUGCUAUCCUUAUUGCUAUAUUUAUCUCCGAAAUACAAGCGGAAACCGCUUUUAACUCAACUAGCAACAGUUUUUUAUGCUAUAAUUACGACAUUCUUUUUGAACAAGCUUACGCGAGCAUCUGAGAAACAGUAUUACGAAGAUGUCUUGGAUAUUGUGGAACUACAUACUAUUCUAUACAAUAAUGUGGAGUAUCGUGUGUUGAUAAUCAUUUUCCAAGUGCUCCUAUUGCUAUCGUGGUUCCAAAUAAUACAGAAACUAGCAAAGCAAAAAUAUAAGCGCAUUAUUGCAAUUGUUACCGGUGUUUUGAUGGCAGCAUUUUCUGGUUGUUUCAUCUACUAUCAAGUGGAAUAUAAUACAGAGGGGAGAAUUCACAUGGAAAAUAUUUCAGGCUUGUAUCUUCGAUGGAAGGUUGUUAGGAGUGUUAUGAAAUUGAUUUUGGUACUCUGGUUUGCCGGUAACUUGUUGUAUUACACAACAGUUGUAAAAAAUCCUCGCAAGAUAUGCUAUUGCAAGAAAUUAUUACCAUUAGCCAUUUUUAAUUGGUUUCUUCUCAUUUUGCACAUUAUUUUGGGCAUUCUACACAUCAGCUUAUUUGAAGAUAAUUGGCUAGUACGAACAUGGAUGGUUUUAAUACCAUAUUUAAUUGAGGCCAUAUUGAUAACAACAGUUUGGGAAUGGAUCUUUAAUAUCUGGGUAAUUGAGAAAAGAAUUGAGUUAAUGGGUGUUCUAGGUAGAAGAAUCAGCAUUGACGAUGUUUUAAGCAUCCAACUGCUUCGAGGGAACAAUACUAGAAAAGGUGAAAAAACUUUUACAAAAAAUGGGUCAUCCAGUGACUCAGGCGGUUUUCAUGGCCGGAGUGGUACGCGGAAGCCAAUGGCCAAGUUCCAGAAUUGGAUUAUGAACAGACCUAAAAGAGUGACUACCGAGUCCGAAAUAUUAUCCAACAAUGAUAUAAAUGAACUUAAAGAAUUCUCAACGUUUAGCAAUAGCUCGUCAAAUAAUGAUCCCAGUCAGAGAAAUUCAAACAGCCAAUUACAGAAUCAAACACAACAAGUUAAUACCAUGCAACGAAACAAUGACCAGAUACUACAACAGCAUAAUAAUUUACAUCUACAAAAUCUUGAUACAGAUUCAGCUGCCUCUUCUAGUCAACUGCAAGCUUUAGCUUUACACACAGAAGAUGACGAUGUCGAGUACGACGAUGAGUAUGUGGAUGAUUAUGAAAUUUGGGACGACGAUGAGGAUGAAGAAGAAGAAGAAGAAAUUUCACAUCAUCAAAGAGUAUCAUCGACCCACUUGGUAGGUUCUACUGUGGAGGAAAACGACAUGCACUUGGGGUCUAGCAAUAAUAGGCAUGGCUCAGGUGAUCAUAUGGAUUUGCCACCUGCUUUUCAACCACAUCCUGGAUUUGAAGCUGGGGAUUAUUGGAACGACCGAAAGGAAGGCUAG